AUGGAGCCCACUGUCCAACGUCUUCUCACCGACAAGCUCUAUGAUAAGAGGAAGGCUGGUGCUCUUGAGCUUGAGCGCUCUAUUCGGGAGCUCGUGGUGGCCAAGGACUACACCAGAAUCGAGAAUAUCAUUAACCAAUUGUGCAAUGAAUAUGCCUAUGCGAUCCACCAGCCUCACGCUCGGAACGGAGGUUUGAUAGGUCUGGCUGCCGCCGCCAUUGCCCUCGGUUCAGAACUGCCAGCACAUCUCGAAACUAUAGUUAGUCCUGUCGUUGCGUGCUUUACGGACCAGGACGCUCGCGUUCGGUAUUACGCCUGCGAGUCCAUGUAUAACAUCGCUAAGGUCGCCAAGGGGGAGAUCUUGUCAUAUUUCAACUAUAUAUUUGACGCAUUAUGCAAGCUAGGGGCGGAUUCAGAGCUUUCCGUUAAAAACGGUGCCGAACUCCUGGAUCGCCUGAUUAAGGACAUCGUAACGGAAUCUGCUGCCACAUAUGUAUCCGUUUUACAAUCCCCGGCCGACGAGCCAAAGGACUCGGAGCUCCAAGGCUCCUCCUCGAACGCCAAGUUACCAACAGCAUUUUCCCUGCCGAAGUUCAUUCCUCUCUUGAAAGAGCGUAUAUGGAUCAUGAACCCCUUUACUCGAACGUUUCUUGUCGGCUGGAUCAUUCUACUCGACUCGAUCCCGGAUCUCGAGCUGGUUACAUACUUGCCCGAGUUUUUAGCAGGCUUGCUGAAAUUUCUUAACAGAAACAAUGCCGACGUCCAUGCUGCCACGCAGACGUGUUUGGAUAAGUUCUUGAAUGAAAUCAAGCGAAUUGCCCGAGUGAGAAAAGGGAUCGCUGAUAGCAGGAAGUCAAAAGGAGACGGUAAGAGAAAACGAGAAGAGUCGGUCGAUAGUAGCAGUGUGCAGCUUGCACCGGAUGAGAUUGACGACGCAGAGUCCAUCACUGCGAACGAGGAUGAGGACGAGGCCGGCAGCGAAGAUGACUGGGUUCCAGGGCAAGAUGUCGCCAUCAACUACAAGGAAAUUCUUGAGAUUCUGACCGCAACCCUUGAUUCUCCCCUAGGUAGGUUCUCUCUCCUAGAGGAUACGAUUGCAAAGUCUCAACAUCAUAUAGAGGAGGAUAGCGUUCUGGAGAGCCUACGCUGGAUAGUGUCCUUCUUGGAUAUCUGUCCUGAAGAGGUCCUGCCUUUUACCCCAAAGAUCCUAGCCCACCUCCUGCCGGCCAUGGCUAGCGGAGUUGAACCGAUCCGUCAAGCCGCAGCAAGGGUAAAUACUUCGCUGAUGGAGUACGUCGUGUCCCUCACCGACGAGUCUGAAGCGCCGCCACCGCUUCCGACCCAGCCCCCAAGACCGCUUGCGCAAUCAGGUGUGGACCGUCCGGAAGGAGCGUCUAGUACACGUGCCUCACUGUCGAGUGGGCGCGAUAUCGACAUACGCAGUCCCACGCCGGCACAGAAUCGUCGCGCGCCGACCCCUGCUGCUCCCGUUCCACCUCAACCAGAUUUGGAUUAUGCCGCUGCCGUGAAUUCUCUGACCUUGUUAUUCUUGAAUGACCACGAGGCCACCCGUGUUGCGGCACUAACUUGGCUCAUCAUGUUGCACCGGAAAGCGCCGCGGAAAAUCGUCGCAUUCAACGACGGGACGUUUCCGGCCCUCCUUAAGACGCUCUCAGAUCCAGCAGAAGCUGUCGUGACUAAGGAUCUGCAGCUCCUGUCCCAGAUCUCGAGGAACAGUGAAGACGACUACUUUUCCAACUUCAUGGUCAGUCUGCUCCAGCUGUUUUCUACCGACAGGAAGCUAUUGGAGACGCGAGGGAAUCUAAUUAUUCGACAACUCUGCAUGACCCUAAGUCCCGAGAGGAUAUAUCGCACACUAGCCGAAACUAUCGAGAAAGAGGAGGACCUCGAGUUCGCUAGCAUUAUGGUACAGAAUCUCAACAAUAACCUGAUCACAGCGCCAGAGUUGGCCGACUUGAGAAAAAGACUACGGAACCUUGAGACCAAAGAUGGCCAGCUCUUCUUCGUCGCCCUGUUCCGAUCGUGGUGCUACAAUGCGGUUGCCACGUUCUCGUUGUGCCUCCUAGCCCAAGCAUAUGAAGCGGCAUACAAUCUCCUACAGAUCUUCGCGGAGCUAGAGAUGACGGUCAACAUACUCAUCCAGAUCGACAAACUCGUCCAGCUCAUCGAAUCCCCUGUAUUCACAUACCUCCGACUUCAGCUCCUCGAGCCCGAGAAGUACCCCUAUCUUUACAAGUGUCUUUACGGGUUGCUGAUGCUCCUGCCACAAUCCUCUGCCUUUGCCGCCCUCAAGAAUAGAUUGAAUAGUGUGAGCUCGAUAGGCUACCUGCAAUUUGGGCCUCGACCGUACGUAUCAUCUACUACCGCCACCCCCACACACUCCUGGCAGAGCUCUACUGCCGAGGCCAUUUCCUCUGUCCAAAGUCCAGUCUCUCGUCCAAGAAAUGCUCAGGACACUUAUUCGUCGCUCAUCAGCACUGUCGUCACGCCUAGCGCGUCAAAUUAUGAUCGGCCUAGCAGAUUAGGCAAGGGCCGCGAGGAGAACAACAUUCGGUGGGAUCAGCUUCUAGAAAAGUUUAGAAGCGUGCAGGACAAAGCAAGACGUGUACAGAGGCUAGUGGAUGGAUCACUCGAAGAUGGCUCAGACUUUGGGGAACUUCGCGUCGCGGAGAAGGAGACGUCACGACCGGGAAGUGGCCCAGCCGUACCGCCGAAAGACUCUACAAUUGCCGCGCCGGCACCAAAACGUUCGGGGUUGGGAAGGCAGUUUGGCCGGUUGGGCGCGACCGUCUCGGGAAGGGGGAAACGGUCACAGUAA